AUGCACGAGAGGGACAAUUGCUUGCUGUUGGGCGCUCUGAUUAAAUUUAUAGGGUCGGAACCAGGUCGGUUUCUGAAGUUGGCACAGUACGUUCGGACAUUGGAUUCGGAUUUCGACGACGACGACAACAUCCAGCAGGUCCUGCGACGUGUGUACAAAGGAAGACGGAUUCCCGAUCAGGCGGUUGCGUGGUUUAAGCAAAGCUUAGACUUUUACAGAAGCACGCUUUAUCGAUUGAAGCCCCCACCCGAUUCGAUCGAAACGUUUCUGCUACAAGAAUCCCAGCACUUUGUUCUAGGAGUACUGAACGGGGCGCCCCAAAACUGCACGUUGUAUUUUUUUGACUACCGUUCCGAGGACUUGGGCAAUUACUUUGAUAUCGUCGUGCCGCUAAUUGCUAAAGUUGCUGGUAUAAUUCUGUAUCAUCGUCAACACGAACGGGACCACAUUACGUUGGUUGCAAAAAAAGGACACGAAGUAGCUUAUGCCCACCAUAACAUAGCGGCAGUGUUUCCGAGCGAUAUUAACGUUCCACACUUCAUGGAUUUGCUGUCACGGGACGAUGCAAUGAUGGCAGCAUUAUUGGAGCGUAAGUUGCAGCUACUGCAAUGGGUUUGUUCAGAUGUCGUAGAGGACAACGCAUUAGCAGCAGUGCCACCCGCGUUAAAGGUUACAGUACUGACCCUUGUUCGAUUGGUCGAAUGUCGCAUUCUUCGUGUUGUCGAGGCAGACCUUCUUCUAUUGAUUGCUCACGAACUGCAGAGUGGCCAGUUCGUGCCUUCGCGAGAGCAGUGCCCAACACAACUCAACCCGCGAGCUUUUCGUAUAGGAUUUCUGUUUCAGAAAGUUUACCAAGAAUUUGCGCGUGCCGCGCAAACUGUUGGCCUUUCAAGCGACUACCGUCCGUCAGCUCCUUACGAUGGUCAUCGCUUCCAUAACAAUUACGGUAAAUUUCAAGAUGGUCAGACAGAUGAACUGAUGAAGCCCACCGCUCUCUGGAGACUUUAUGCGGCGACUGAGAAGCACGACAAAAGCGAUCAAUGAUCAAAUCCCUCAAUUUAUGAACAAUAAUUGAGGAAACGAUCAACACAAUUUAUCACCAAUAAUUAAGGAAAACAUCGUUGGGAAACAGCUUUGAUUCAGAUGUGCCACGUUAUACUUUGUGUUUUAGUUCAAGUGAAGAAAGUUUUUAAAAUUUCGAUUAUGUUUUGUUGUUAUACUUACUAUAUCAUAAAUACAGU